GGUUCUGAACGACUAGCCUCUUGGUUUGGGGCAGCUAGGUACUUUUUGUUUGAGAAGACUGAUCGUUAUUACUAGAACACCAACACGUACGGGAGUGUCGUUUAAGAAGAAGAGCGAUUUCGGUGUGAACUCCACAAUGAAUCCUGAAUAUGAUUAUUUAUUCAAGCUGCUGCUGAUUGGAGACUCUGGAGUUGGAAAAUCCUGUCUUCUCCUCCGGUUUGCCGAUGACACAUACACUGAAAGCUACAUUAGCACUAUUGGCGUGGACUUCAAAAUCAGGACUAUAGAGCUAGACGGAAAGACCAUCAAACUUCAGAUUUGGGACACGGCAGGGCAGGAGCGGUUUCGCACCAUCACCUCUAGCUACUACAGAGGAGCACAUGGCAUCAUCGUAGUUUAUGACGUUACAGACCAGGAGUCCUUCAAUAAUGUUAAACAGUGGCUACAGGAGAUCGACCGCUACGCCAGUGAAAACGUGAACAAGUUAUUGGUUGGCAACAAAUGUGACUUGACAACAAAGAAAGUGGUUGACUACACAACAGCAAAGGAAUUUGCAGACUCCUUGGGCAUCCCGUUCUUGGAAACCAGUGCUAAGAAUGCCACUAAUGUGGAGCAGGCCUUUAUGACCAUGGCGGCGGAGAUAAAGAAGAGGAUGGGUCCAGGGGCCACAGCCGGAGGCUCGGAGAAGUCGAACGUCAAGAUUCAGAGCACUCCUGUGAAGCCGGCCUCUGGGGGCUGCUGCUGAGGCCCCCUGCCCCCCCUCAGUCUCCAUCGCCCUUGGUCCUGCUCCCAAGAAUCUCAAGCUUAAGAAGACCCACAAUACCAGAGAGAGAGAAAGAUUUUGAAGGAAAGAAGUGCAAGAGAGAGAGAGAGAGAGAAAACAAUUUAAGUUGCCUGAAUUGUACUGUAUGUAGCCGCACUACCAAAAAAAAGGAAGAAAAAAGAAAGAAAAAAACCCACAAAUAAAAAAAAUUUUCUGGCCCCUCCCUCCCCGUCACAAACUAAAAAUGAGAUGAGGUCAGAGAUUUGGUAACAAUAACCCCUCCCCCUUUUACUCAAACCCCUCCUACCCAGGUGGGUCUGCUUUUAAACCCCACCCACUAGUCCUCUUCAUGAAGACGGAAGGCAUUUUCACUCAACUGUUUUAAUUCCUCUCUGUGUGCAGGAUUCCCAGAAUAACAUCUGUGUGUGUGUCUGUUUGUCUGUGUGUGCGUGUCUGUUUGUGCGUGCGUGCGCGCAUGUGUGUGCGCGUGCAUGUCUGUGUGUGUGUAUCUUACUGCAUUCCUUCUGCAGGGCUGGUCUGUGGUCAAAAAAUUCACUGACUCUUUUUCUCUGUCCUUUUUUUGUUUGUUUGUUUGUUUUUUAUUUUUAUUUUUUUUUUUGGUUUAUUUCUUAUUGACUGUUUAUAUUGGCAUGUGUAGGUCUCUGUCCCCUUUGAGAUGUUGCGCCAACCUGCGUCACAAGCAACUGCACAAGAGUGUUUCGCUGUCCAAUGUCAAAAACAAUAUAGUCAAAUAUAUAUAUGUACAUAAUAUAUUAUGUAUAUAUAUGUAAGAUCUGAUUUGGUAGUUCUGUAGAGUUCAUACAUGAUCUGAGUAGUUUUACCUCUGAAUCUUUGCCAUUAACUCGUGGCUACAGACUAUUGUAAUUUUGUUGCGCAAUAUGUAACAUUUAACAGAAAAGUGAAAUAAAUAUUGUACAACCAGUCUG